AUGGAAUUUCUUUUUGGAACUUUAUUCCAAAAUGAUUGCUCCUACAAAUACAACGCAAUCGAGCAAAAGUUUAAGCUAUACUGCCCCAAAGUUGUCUCCGGAAUCGAGAGUCUCACAAAAGAACCACCGGAAGGAAUACGAAUACUGGAAAACGUCAUCCAAGUGGGGAUUCCAGUAGUCAUUCUCGUGCUGUAUAUUGCUCUUGUGAUUCGAGUUAUAAAGCUGAAAAGAAGUAAAAGGAACACACAUGAAAUAAUCAUAGUGAAGCAAGCAUUUUUCAUUUUUGUCAUGUUCCAAAUCUACUAUAUAGUGACUCUGUUCGGGAAAACAUUAUAUAUCAACGUAGCAACUGCAUUUUAUCUAAAAAGAGCAAUUCAUACUGCUGAAAUUUUCGCAGGAGCUGCCACUCCAUGUAUUGUUUUCUCAACAUCUCGUGAGAUUCGGAAGAUUGUUUCAUCAAGAAUAGGAGAUGGAUCUGCAGGAAAAGUUCCUUCCACAAUUAAAGGGAUCAGCUUUAGACAAUCUUAA